AUGAUCAAUUCGGCAUGGGAGUGGGCGAAAGCUCGCAAUUUGAUCCGGACUAAUCCGAUCCAUCAAGAGCAAGAAGCCAAGCUGCUCAUCAAUGAAAGCUUUGAGCUAUGCACGGAGACAGGCUCCCAGGUCGAUCUGUCGGGAACCAUCGAAGCCCAGGACGAAUCCGGGUUCCUCUUGGAGUCGGAUAUUCCUGCCUCGUCAGCUGCUCCCGAAGAUGUUUUGCGAGAGGCAGCAACAGCCUCGAGUGCAGGGGCAGAGGCAGGAGUGGAUGUGGGCAAAAAUACCUCCCCCGCUGCCAUGCUGGCGAAUUUCUUGGAAAUCAUGGGGAGGAAGAUCGAUUCCCUGGAAGAUCAUCUGGAGGUCUUGAUGCAGUCCGAUCACAAUCGUGCAAAGGGGCUUCACGAGCAGAUGUCCGUGAUUCUGACGCAGAUGCAGGAGUACUAUAAAUGCCUGACCCAGAAGCAGACUCAGGCAAUUACGACAGUGCCCGACAAGCUUCUCGAUUUGGCCUUCAACGAUGAUCUUCUUCGCCUUUAUGCAGAGGUGACCAAACAAGAUGUGAUUUUGAGUGUUUUAGAUGAUGCUGCUGCUGCUGCCAGCAGCAGAGCGGAGCUUAGCUCUGCUGCCAGCGAUGAAGAUUCUUCGAUGGCCGAUGACCUUGCCAACGAGCUGUUUGUUGGCUUUGAGGCGGAGUCGGCAAGGCGAGUUGUUCGAUUGGCCAGGGUGGCAAACACGAAGUUGAGGAAGCAUGGUAUUGUGGACCAUACGCUUAGCUUGAUGGCACGCUGUGCUGGCAGCAAGGGCAAUGAAUGCGAGCACAGCUUCACCACGCGCUUGCUGUACACGCUGGUUCCGUCCCAGGUGUACUACAAGAAAUACACUCUUGAUAUGCUGCAUGCAGGGAUGGUCGAGGAUCUGCUAGCAUUGUACAACGAUGGCUUCAAGGUGCCCUUCCUAGAAAUCUACAGGGUUUCUAUAUUACCUAUGUAUACAAUUAUAAACUAUUAA